CGUGCGCGGCGCGGCCCCUCCCUCCUCCCGCAGGAAGCUGGGGCCGGGCGCCCUGCCCGCCGCCGCCAUGCAUUGUGGGGCGGCAGCAGCAGAGCCAAGAUGGCGGCCAGCAGGAGGCUGAUGAAGGAGCUUGAAGAAAUCCGCAAAUGUGGAAUGAAAAACUUCCGUAAUAUCCAGGUUGAUGAAGCUAAUUUAUUGACCUGGCAAGGGCUUAUUGUUCCUGACAAUCCUCCGUAUGACAAAGGAGCCUUCAGAAUCGAAAUCAACUUUCCAGCAGAAUAUCCAUUCAAACCUCCUAAGAUUACAUUUAAAACAAAGAUCUAUCACCCUAACAUCGAUGAAAAGGGGCAGGUUUGUCUGCCAGUAAUUAGUGCUGAAAACUGGAAGCCAGCAACCAAAACUGACCAAGUAAUCCAGUCCCUCAUAGCACUGGUGAAUGAUCCACAGCCUGAGCAUCCCCUGCGGGCUGACCUAGCUGAAGAAUACUCUAAGGACCGUAAAAAAUUCUGUAAGAACGCUGAAGAAUUUACAAAGAAAUAUGGUGAGAAGCGACCAGUGGACUAAAAUCUGACACAGCUGAUGUCAGCAACGUGUGAUAGAAGAUCGGAGCAGUGCAUUUGAGACAUCCCGUAAAGCAGGACUCUAUGGAAAAAUGACAAGUGCCACCUUUUGGUGUUAACUUGUGGCUGUUACUAACUUUCUACAGUUUUCUUAAUCAAAAGUGGGCUAGGUAACCUGUAAAGGAAGAAUUAAAAAUUUAAGAUGUUCUAGUUCUGCUUUCUUUGUUUAAAAAUCACUGCUUCAAUAUACUUUAAAGUAUGCUGUUUUCUUUUUUUUUUUUUUUUUGUCAGAAUUUAUCAAAAAUAUCUUAGACUUAUAUUCUGCCCUUAAAUUGAAAAGGUUGUGGCUGUCAUUUCUUACUUUUCCUUGCAGUUCCCACUAUCCUGAGUUCCUUUAAUUCAGCAUUGAGUUUUUGCCCCUCCUCAAGCUGAUGUCUUAGAAGAAAUCUCCCACUUCUGGCAGAAAAUGAUUGAGUGUUUGGCAGUUUUGUUUACUCUUCUCCUUAAACAUUGCACUGUGCUCUGUGGGACUUGCUGCAAGUUCCCCUUAACUUCAGUUUGUAACAUAAUAAAAAACAAACCCAACUACAAUCAGAAACAAUGUCCAGGUCUUAUGUAAAUCUGGCUGAUGUUACCACAGAAUGUUUAUUAAAUGGGGAAAUCCAAUUUCUUGUGUGUGUUAUUGAACUAGAAUGUGGCUUAUGUCCUGCUUUUGGAAAAUGCUGGGGAAAAAAAAAAAAAUGUAUAUGCAGCAAACAAGUAGUAAAAUGUGAUUCCAAACUCCUUUCACUUUUAUUCUUAAUAGAAGUUAGUGUAAGUUAGCUUGGAUACCGUACACAGACAACCAGUGUGACCAGUUUAGAAGUUUCAGGAAUUGAGGACCAAGAGAUAUGCUGAAAUAAUGAACUGGUCUUGAGUGAGAAAAUCGGUAUUUUAGAAGUGAGUUAAUUUCAAAUACUAAAUGUUAGCACUGCUAGUGAGAUUUUUUUUCAUCCAAGUGCAUACAACAUACGUGCUAGGGAAUGGCACUCAGGCCCCUUCCUUCCCAGCUGCUGUACAGUUAUUACUGAAAAUAGUAUGAGAUUAGGAUUAAGCAAUAAGCUGAAUACACUUCACUGCUACUGUUCCUAUGUUUUAAAAAUACACGUUAGAUUAUUUAAUGACUACUUUAAGUAUCAUUCUGACUUGGGCAGAGCUAUCUUCCCUUUGCUCCAGGCACACCCCCACGCAUGCUGAAGGAUGCCCUUUCUAUUCAGAACUGAGCACCCUUUACUGUGUCUCUAUUGCUUUUCUUCUGCCUGCGUGUCCUAAGUCUGAAGUGUGACUGUAGCUCCAAACUGCCAUACAAUCAAACUGCCUUCCCCACCUGUAGAACCUGAGUAUGUUACUGAGUAAACAGAUUUCCAGAAAUCCAUAGGUAGCUGGGAGUACAUAUCACUUUGAUUUGCAAGGACUUGAAUUAGAAAGUCCCUCACUCCUGGAUGGUUGUCCCUACUCCUAGAAUCAGUUUUGAUACAGCCUCUACCCUUGCGACCUUGCAGAAGUAGUGCAUCAAGCUGUAGGUCUCUUGGUUUUUAAUAUAUAUUUGCUAUUCCUUCAUUUGCCCUUCUCAUCUUGCUUUUAUUUUGGAUUUAGUGUGAACAAUGACAGCCCGGUACCUCACCUCUGUUGAAAGUAAUUUUUUUUAAUUAGUUAGGGAGCUAAGAAAUUUCAUGUUAAGUGUUCUUAGACGGAUUCUUUGGCAGGUAAAUGAAGUUAAACCACGUUCACCUUAUUGACGGAAACUUACCUUUCCUAAGUGUUUCCUGGCUUGUGAGAGCACCGUUACCAAAUUUUUCACAUCUUUGUGUCUUUGGUUGCAGAAAGUUGGUACUGACUUUGUUUCCUUCACGCUCACUCAGAUUCAUAAUAAAAUAAUGCCAAAUUAUCUGUCUAACUGAAGUGUGUAAGUUCUGCAUCAGCCAAGUCACUGUACUUUUUGAUCAUGUCUGUUCACAAUUGAAACUUUCUUUAAAUUUGCAUUAUUUUUUAUUAUUUAAAACAACUGUAGCACUAGUUUGCUGCCGUCAUUACUACUCAAUUGAUAUACUUUCUGGUUGUAAGCCUCUCAGGUUAAAGACUGCGUUUAUUUCAGUGUGGCUUGGAUGCCAUUGAAAGGAAACUGGAUGAGCUGUGUAACUGAAGGAGCUUCAGCUGAUUUGUAGAGGUUUAUGGCAGUGCUGUAUGCUAGCUGUUCUCAUUUCAUCUGUAAAGAUCACAUAGAAGAUGAGCGUUACCAUCAGUUUUCUUUGUGUGUUCUUCAUAGCUCAAUUUCUAAUCAAGAAGUGUGUAACAUAAGUGAUGGCUUUUGUUUGCAGGUGGCCCUCUAAAAGGAAGAUAAAGAUCAAAUACUGUACUGUGUGGUUGAAGUCUGAGGUGAAAAAAAAUCAAAUCCUUUGUUAACUCAGGAAAUCAAGCUCUUAUGCUCUCUGGUUCCCUAAGCCAUGCUGAAUUCUAAACAUGCAGUUGAAAAUCCAAAAUAAAAACUUACUGGUGCAACUACACCCACAAACACUGGUAUAGGCUUUCUGCAAUUCCAUUCUGCUACCCUAAUAAAAAUUGCUCUCAAAGGUA